AUGAGCAACAGCAGUAAAAAAGCAAAGGUCAAAUUGACCAUUAAGCUUGAUAAUAAUAAACCUGCGAAGGGCGGGCCCGAAUGGCUCUCAUCUCCAGUGCUUCCUGCUUCAUCUACUGAUAAAUUACCGUCACCAGCUGACGAAUUUCCCUUAGAAACCCCAACCAACGGCACUUUCACAUCGACAUUGCCUCCUCGGAAGAGAGCAAGAACUAAGGAGGAAAAAGAACAGCGCCGGAUUGAAAGAAUACUUCGUAACCGUCGGGCAGCCCACUUGAGUCGUGAGAAAAAAAAGAAGUACAUAGAGCUUCUUGAAAAUGGGAUUAUCGGGCUUGUUGCUGGGGUUCGCGAAUGCCAGAAAACCUUUUUUGAUUCAAAUGCUGUUUUAUCAGGAACUCUGGACCCAGAAACUAAAUUACGCGAAAUAUCAACAAUGAUAAGUACAAUUUCGACAAGAUUCACAGAAGAUGAAAGUUGGGCAUUGAAUAACCAGUGCCUUGAUGAAAUUCUUGAGAAAAUCCACCAGAAUAAAAACUUGACCAUGCAAGUGAAAAAUGAUGACUCGGGAGAAACUAAUAGCGGAUCGGUACCGUCUGCCAAUAGCAAAGCCAUUACUACCCCGGUAAUCGAUGCGAUAUCGACCUUUCUGACGAGUAAUCCAACAACCCCAACCAGUGCCAUAAGUCUUCAUCAUUCGGUGCUCAAUGGCCCGCUUUCACAGCCACAUCCUGCUCAACGCGGUUUGAAUGGUCAUCGUGGUGGACCAACUGUGGUUACUCAUACCAUCAAUACCUACCUUAAGACCCAGAAACAUUAUCUGAAUCCAAGCACUCCCCGUAGCGCGGUACAUGAAGCCUUUGGCGAUGCCGAAAGCGAUGCAGAGGCAGCCGAACUGCUCCAAAGGCUCGCCAAUACCCCUGUUUCAGUAAAGCAUCUGGUCAACGGGCAUAGUAUCGCCCAUAAUCCAAUAAGUACUGCUUUGGCUUCUGCUCCAACAAGUGUCCCAUCAUCAUCAUCCGUGCCGCCUCUAAAUGGCCUAGGAAUAGCAUUCAAUGGCAAUGCUAAUGGGCAAUUAUUGAAUAUGAAUCCGAAUGUCGAUUUUGCAAAAACCGAAAGCACGCCAAUAGAGGUUGACACCACCGAUGACGAGGAAGAGGAGAACGAUGCCAUCAGAAUUAUGAUGUCCUUGAGAAACGGAAAUGGAAAAUGA